GGGGGGGGAAAUGUCGGGGGUCCGCGAGGUGGUGACGCUUCAACUCGGCCACUACGCGAGCAGCGUGGGCGCCCACUGGUGGGGCCUUCAGGAAGCUCUGUUCUUAUCCAACUCCACGGCUUCGGACUUGGACGAGGUCAUCCAGCAUGAAGUCCUGUUCCGAACGGGGAGGACUUUGCAAGGACGGGAGACCUUCACCCCCCGCCUCAUCUUGAUGGACCUCAAAGAAAGUCUCGCCGCUCUGAAACAGGAGGGAUACCUGUACGAGGACCCGAAAAACAACAUCCCCGUGGCUUGGAAGGGGAACCUCACAACGCACCAGCAAGAUCCAGUCCCUCCCAGUCCGUUUUUGGAAGGACUUGACCAGCGUGAGGGCGAAAGGUUUUCCAACGGCGAUUUCGCAUCUAAGACCCUCCCUGCUGGUAAAGGAAAGCCACAGCAGCUCACCAAGCCGCUGGCAUCGGAGAGACCCGCGCCCGCUUGGUCCGACUUCCUCCGUACCAAUUUCCACCCGCGGAGCAUCCUGACCAUCCACGAAUACAACCGGGAGGAAGAGUCCAGCCGGCUGGAGGCGUUCGGACAAGGAGAAAAACUCCUGCAGGACGGCCGGUACCUUGAGGAGCUGGAGGAUCGGCUGCACUUCUACGUGGAAGAGUGUGAUUACCUGCAGGGUUUUCAGCUGCUCUGCGACCUCCACAACGGCUUCUCGGGACUCGGAUCCAAGGCAGCCGAGCUGCUGCAGGACGAAUACGCGGGAAAAGGCAUCUUGGCUUGUGGCCUGACGCCAGUGCUUCAAUCCAACCUCCCCCAUCGGAAUUUCUACCGGCUCAUGAACACGGCACUGGGCAUCGUCCGGCUUGCCAGCCACAGUUCGCUCUUCUGCCCCUUGUCGCUAAACGGGAACCUGGGGCUCAAACUGGAUGGCCCGGUGGCUCUGCCGUACGUCCACUACGAGCCCUCUCUGGAUUAUCACACGAGCGCCAUCCUGGCCACCGCCCUGGACACGCUCACCAUCCCAUACCGGCUCCAGGCCUCGGACAUCUCCAUGGCCAGCCUGACCGAAAGCCUGAAUUUCUCCGGGCGGAAGGUGGCCGAGGCCUCAGCCGCCCUUCCCUUCCCCGUGGCAAAGGACCAGUCCCUCCCCGACGCCUUGUACAGCCAACAACCCAGCACGGCCUGGUGUCCGUUGUCGUCUUGCGGCAACCGAGGCGAUGCCGGCUGCUUCGCACAGUCGGUUGUGUUGCGAGGGAUCAGCAAGCGGCAGCAAGUGAGCAACGCCCCUCCAGGGACCGAACCCAAGUCCAUCCUUCACAUGUGUGAGACCGGACAGGAAGUCCUGGCCCACUACUUACACAACGUCUCUCCCCAGACCCUAAGCACCUCGCUUUUGCUGCAAGGGCCCUGCAAGCUUUUGGCUCCGUACCCCCAGUUUUUCUCGCCUUUCCUGAACAAGCAUGGACUCCUCUCCGAGAAGCCGUCCCGCAGCCCAGCGAAGGUCGAAAGCCUCCCGAUCUUAGCUGCCUUCCAAUCCUCGGCGGGCUUGUACCAAACCCUCGGCGACGUUUACCGCGAGCUGCACGGAACGGACCUGCGGCGCUGGGCGAGCUUCUUCUCCGCGGGGAUGGAGGCGGACGACUUCCAGGAGGCCCUGGACGAGCUGCGGACGCUCUCCCUCUGCUACAAAAAAGGCAGCCUGGACGAAAACUCGGACAGCGACGAUACCGACUGAGCCGCUUCCCGGGGCUCGGAUCGCGUUUAAAAUCAGAGAAAUAAUAA